GCACUAAACCUUCACAUCAUCACUGAAUUCAUGUGCGACGAACUCGUCAACAAAUGUGGCCUGAAGAAUGAAGAUAAACGAUUUGCUGACUGCAAGUCCAUCAAAGAAUCCAUUGGAACGGUCAAGGGUGACGGCUCAAAGGCUGAUCUUUGGAAUGCCCAGUUCGGAUUUACCACUACUUAUGCGUCGAAUCCGUGUCAAGGAGGCGCUGGUACUGGAGGACAUGGUGACGGUGUCCCUAAGAGCUCUUCUUCAUCAAGUAGCUCGAGUAGUAGUUCCAACUCCAGUGGCAAUUCUUCAGGAGGCUCUACUGACACAGGCAGCUCUACUACGACGACCCCUCCUGAUUCAUCUACUACCAAGCCCCCUCCUGAUUCAUCUACCACUACAACCCCUUCCGAUUCAUCUACGACGAACUAUCCUGAUUCACAAAGCUCUGAUAAUGAGAACUCAUCCGGUGGGGGAUCGGCGGCUGGUAAAGGCGCUGAAGAUGAUUGUUAAGGAGAAAAAAUUCGAUUUGCACUACAACUGAUACAUACCAGCGUUAUGAUAUCACGUGUCGUUUCUUUUGUUACGGCAUACUACCGCUCAAAAUCAUUCCUUGUAUACACACCUUGUCUUAUGAUUGAAUAUAGAAUCUACUCCGAAAUUUAAGUCUCGUUAAUUUCC